AUGUCUUGGCUUGUGGUAGGACUGAUCUUCUUGGCCCUGCUUGGAUUGAUCCAAUAUAUUAGAAAAGUCAUACAACGAAACAAGAUCAAUGCUCUCAAGAGCGAUUUACGAAAGAAGUCUCGAUUGAAUAUUGUCAUUACAGGUGGAUCCAAGGGACUUGGAUUUGCUCUUGUCAAGGAAUUCAUUCUUUCAAAUGAAAAUAACCAUAUUGCCUUUUGUGGCACUUCACCACAAUCCGUCGAGAGUGCAUUCGACCACCUCGAAAAAGAAACAGGUCUCAACAAACAAGUCCUUCAAAGAAGAGUCUUUGGCAUUGAAUGUGACAUUUCCAAUUAUGAUCAAGUGAACACACGACUCAUUCCUUUUGUUAAGGAAAAAUUAAAUCAUCACGUCGAUGCUUGGAUUAAUAAUGCAGGAAGUGGUGAAAGUCGAAAGAAAUUGGAAGACAUGACACGAGAUGAAAUUGAAAGAAUUGUCAAUGUGAAUACUUUGGGAACUAUUUAUUGUGUGCAGGCAGCGAUUAAAUUUAUGAAGAAUCAACCUGGAGAUGGAGGACAUGUAUUCCUCAUGGAAGGAUUGGGAAGUGAUGGUCGACUUUCUCCAGAAAUGUCCAUCUAUGGAAUGACUAAAGCAAGUUAUAGACAAUUUGUGGGUACUUUGUGUGAAGAAACAAAAUAUACCAAAGUUGGAAUUCAUCGAUUACAACCAGGAAUGGUCAUUACACGAAUGCUCAUUCCAGAUCAGCACAAACUUACUAAUAGUGUGAAACGAAUUUUCAACAUUUUAGCAGAAGAUAGAGAUGUGGUGGCUCGUUAUUUGUGCUCUUCCGUCUCUAGAACGAGAGGAACCAACACCUAUUCUCCCUUUCUAACCACAUGGACUAUUUUGUAUCGUUUCGCAACUUUCUUUGCGAGAACGAAUCGAUUUUUUGAUAAGGAUGGAAAUUUGAAAGAAAAGUAUGCCAAUCAGUGGUAA